UCCUCCCCUCCCCCCGAACUUCUAGAUUGGAAGUGUGGCCGGUCUCUCAGGAGCCCCUAUUUUCUUCUCGGAUUCUCCGCGAAGGGGUGGAGAAUCAGGAUGGGACUCGGAUUGGUUGCCUUGUGGCACAGAACUGGAACCUUCCUGAAAGUGGUUGGGGCAGGCAGUGACAGUUCAAUCGUCCAAUUUCUUUGGGACACCUCUUCAGCGCUGUCUUCCCUGCCUCUGCCCCUAAGACCAGUCGCAGACAUCUCCAAACCCGAGGCCCGUUCCCCUGCUGAGGUCUGCUGCGAUGGGACGAGAGGAAGAGCGAGGCUUUCUCUCCUUCUGCUUCCAGGUUUUGGUUGGUUGUUUCAAAUAUUAAUGGAGAAAACCUAACGGAUCUGUCUAGGAGAGGAGGGGUCCUAGCGAAGAGCAGGCAACAACACACUGGCCCGCUCCACCACACCCGGUCACUCCUGGGGACAACCGGAUGUGGCAGUGGAGAUGCCCAAGAUGGUGUUGGAAAAGAUUUGCCAUCGUGGAAGGCGCGGGCCAAGGAGGCUCCAGCUCCCAGCUCUUGGCGGACUUAAGACCACGCAGCUCUGCAACUCCUCUUUCCCUCCAGGGAGGCGCCAGGGCCCGCCCGAUGGCGACCCUUCAAAGGUGGAAGGAGAAACAGCGAUGGACCAGAACCGACCAAGCACCUCGAAGGUUCCACGAGGCCCGGCAAGAACUUCCUAGGACGCCAAGACCUAAGUUUCCUCCCUGCGUGGUGGCCGUUGAUUGUGCAGGAACUGCGAAGACUCAAUUCCGGAGAAGUCGAAGCUGCAGGAGGGGGGCGGAGAUGAGAAUCCGGCGACAGUUUCCUUCGCAGCUCUCCCAAACCAGCUCUAAACUAAGUGACGCCCCAGACACCUCUUCCCUUCGGAGGACCGGCCUUUCCCAGACGCGACGUGCUUGUUCCCCGCUGGGUUCUUGCCCACGAGAGCAGAUCUGAGCCCUGGAGACGUUGGGAGCAGAGUGUCUCAAAGGAAGCAGGCUCGAUUUCACACUUUCCCGUCUAGAGUCUGGCUUUUCUUUCAAUGCUUUGGAUUCCCAGUGAAGGGUACACACCUCCCCUGUCCCUGUUGUACUACACCAGGUCUGAUCCCACCAUUACUUCCAGGGUAUCUGCGCUCACAGUUUUUGUGCUCAGGGAAGGUGGUUGUUUGCAAAGAAAAUGA